GCUGGCUGUAGAUCCAUCUCGGAGCCACACCACACUGCCUCGCUGAGCCCUGGGGUUUGACACUCUCUCUGUGCAACUGCAGCUGUCCUAUAUUUGUCAGAGCACACUUGACCGAAGUGUCAUAUCUACAGGAAAUAGCCUUAGCUAGGCAGAGGGGGAGCUACCCUCUCGCUCCCCACUCCUGCGCUUUCACUUUGCUAGCAAUGGACAGCGUGCUGCGAGUGAGGAGCUGUCCUUCCUGCAGGUGGAUGCUGCCCAUUGCGCGGGUGCUGCAUCGCAAGCGGCGGUCCAGCAAGUGUGGUGCGGAGGACGAGGAGGAGGAGGAGGAAAGCAUGGCCUCUGCUAUCCUGGAAAGCAUCUUCCUGAAGCGCUCUCAGCAGAAGAAGAAAACCUCCCCCCUCAACUUCAAGAAGCGUCUCUUCCUCCUGACGGAAAGCAAGCUCUCCUACUACGAGUAUGACUUUGAUCGUGGGCGACGGGGCAGCAAGAAGGGGUCUGUGGACAUUGAGAAAAUCACCUGCGUGGAAACGGUGGUUCCUGAGAAUAAUCCUCCCCCGGAGCGGCAGGUGUCGAGGAAAGGGGAGGAUUACACAAUCGAAGGGGUUAUAUUCUGCCUGUCCAUCCCACAGGUGGUGUAUGAUGAAGGGCCCCUCUACGUCUUCUCCCCGACAGAGGAGCUUCGCAAACGCUGGAUCCACCAGCUAAAGAGUGUGAUCCGCUACAACAGCGACCUGGUGCAGAAGUACCACCCUUGCUUCUGGAUCGACGGCCAGUACCUGUGCUGCUCCCAGACAGCCAAAAACGCCAUGGGCUGCCAGGUCCUGGAGAGCAGGANNNAAGGCUUGAAGCCCGGGAAGUCUCAUCGCAAGACGAAGAAGCCUCUUCCCCCGACCCCGGAGGAGCUGGGAUGGAUGAUGAUGAAGCCAUUGCCCCCGGAGCCGGCUCCCAGCACUGUAAGUGAACUGAAGAAGGUGGUGGCGCUGUACGACUACCAGCCCAUGAACGCGCAGGACCUGCAGCUGCAGAAGGGAGAGGAGUACCUGGUCCUGGAGGAGAGCAACUUGCCCUGGUGGAGAGCCCGGGACAAGAACGGGAAGGAAGGUUACAUCCCCAGCAACUACGUCACGGAAACCAAGAACUCCCUGGAGAUUUUUGAGUGGUAUUCAAAAAACAUCACCCGCAGCCAAGCCGAGCAACUGCUGAAGCAAGAGGGCAAAGAAGGAGGCUUCAUUGUCCGAGAUUCCACCAGCAAGACAGGGAAAUACACGGUCUCUGUGUUUGCCAAGUCUGCAGGGGACACGCAAGGAGUGAUCCGCCAUUACGUGGUGUGCUCCACGCCCCAGAACCAGUAUUACCUGGCGGAAAAGCACUUCUUCACCACCAUCCCGGAGCUCAUCACCUACCAUCAGCACAACUCUGCCGGGCUCAUCUCCAGACUGAAAUACCCUGUGUCUCAGCACCAACAGAAGAAUGCCCCCUCCACAGCAGGCCUCGGCUAUGGGUCGUGGGAGAUUGACCCCAAAGACCUGACGUUCCUGAAGGAGCUGGGCACGGGGCAGUUUGGAGUGGUGAAGUAUGGGAAAUGGAGAGGGCAGUUUGACGUGGCCAUCAAGAUGAUCAGAGAAGGCUCCAUGUCAGAAGACGAGUUCAUUGAGGAAGCCAAAGUCAUGAUGAAUCUGUCACACGAGAAGUUGGUGCAACUGUAUGGUGUCUGCACCAAGCAGCGCCCCAUCUUUAUUAUCACUGAGUACAUGGCUAAGGGCUGCCUCCUGAACUACCUGCGGGAAACCCGGAGCCGGUUCCCACCCUCCGAGCUGCUGGAGAUGUGCAAGGACAUCUGUGAGGCCAUGGAGUACCUGGAAUCGAAGCAGUUCCUGCACCGAGACCUGGCUGCUCGCAACUGUUUAGUGAAUGACCAAGGAGUUGUGAAGGUCUCUGACUUCGGCCUUUCCAGGUAUGUCCUAGAUGAUGAAUAUACAAGCUCCAUGGGCUCCAAAUUUCCAGUCCGGUGGUCUCCUCCUGAGGUCCUUCUGUACAGCAAGUUCAGCAGCAAGUCUGACGUCUGGGCUUUUGGGGUUCUGAUGUGGGAGAUUUACUCUCUGGGAAAGAUGCCCUAUGAGAGGUUUAACAACAGUGAGACAACAGAACAUGUCACCCAAGGACUGCGUCUCUAUCGGCCUCAGCUGGCCUCAGAGAGAAUUUAUGCUAUCAUGUACAGCUGCUGGCACGAGAAAGCAGAGGAGCGACCAACCUUCAGAGUCCUUUUGGGAAAUAUCCUCGACAUAACAGAUGAGGAACCCUGAACUGCGAUUUGAACCAUACUGUCAUUUAUUAGUGUUUGGUUUUGGCAUUUUAUCUGUUUGUGACUAAUGAACUUGCCCUAGCAGGCACUGGAAGAAUCCUAAAAGAAUCUGCCAUGCCCAGAAAGGCAGAAAAUAUCUGGAUCCACCAAACAACAUUGGACCCUACUAUCUCUUGCAAACAGCUGACUUGUGUGUGAACCCUUCCCCCGUUGGUAAAGAGAAUAGCAACCGACUUGAUGGAUAGUUACAGAUCAGGAAUCUCUCUGGAGAAAGGAUUCUUGAAAGCAACACUUCACUGUUGAACCAGCUCUUGCUACAUCCCAGAGACUGGAGAGACUAAACAUGGAAAUGGGGUACAGGACCACAAGCGGAAAUUGAGCAAAGAGACACAGAAUCUAGGGAUUUUUGUAAAAUAAAACAGUACAAAUUGA